AGCGAUAUUCGUUUAUGCAAUUAAACAGUUUAAGUUUCACAAAUAUUAAAAUCAUAAGCAGACAUUAGGUUAUCCUUUUACCUGGAAUUCUUACGCUGAGGGCAACCAGAGUUUGUGGAUGGAAAAGCUAAGGGCCCUUACUUUUCCGAACAGCUAUUCCAGCUUUAAUCUCCACAAAGAUUGUUAAAUAUUCUCUUGUGGCUGUGAGUUUGGAAGGCCCUAACCACCUACAGUUACUGAUCGAGACGGAGGGACACAGGAAGCUGCUGACCUUCAUAUCCAGGAUCAAAGAAAAGGAUUGGACAAAUGGACCUCUCAAUGCAAAUAAGCUCUGGAAAUGUUGCCCAGUCAAGUGAGAGAAAUGAUGAUGCGUUCCUGAGGAAAAUAAGGGGAUUGAUACCCAUCAACUUCUGGCAAGAAGUGAAACCUCUAUCAAGACUGGCUGGGCCAGUGUGUCUGACAGAGCUAAUGACACUCCUAAUAAGUAUUGUCAGCUCUGCGUUCUGUGGGCAUUUAGGAAAAAUUGAAUUGGAUGCAGUCAGUCUUGCUACAGCGUCAGUAACUGUAUUAGGUAUCUCCAUAGGUGUUGGAUUGUCUACAGCGUGUGAUACAUUCAUAUCUCAGACGUAUGGCAGUAAGAACCUGAAGCGAAUUGGAGUGAUUCUUCAAAGAGGGAUUCUCAUUCUCCUGAUCGUCUGCUUCCCCUGCUGGGCUCUCUUCAUCAACAUUGAGCACAUUUUAUUGGCUUUCAAACAGUCUCCUGCAGUAGCCAAGUUAACACAAAGCUAUGUGAUGAUAUUCAUCCCUGGUCUUCCUGCAGCGUUUCUUUAUACCUUAGAGGUCAAAUACCUUCAGAACCAGGGGAUCAUCCUGCCUCAGAUUAUCAUUGGUUUCUUAACUAACAUCUUCAAUGCUGUCAUCAAUUACCUCUUGCUAUUUGUGCUGAUGCUAGGAGUGCCGGGCUCAGCAGCUGCAAAUGUGGCUUCUCAGUACUGUCAAGUGAUUUUCCUAUUUGUAUACAUUCGAUGGAAAAAGUUGCAUGAGAAGACUUGGGAAGGAUGGUCCACUGACUGCCUGCAGGAAUGGGGUCCCUUUCUACGGCUGGCGGUUCCCAGCAUGGUCAUGAUGUGUAUCGAAUGGUGGUCUUUUCAUAUUGGAACGUUCCUUGUAGGGUUAAUUAAUGAAGUUCAACUUGGAGCCCAGUCUAUUAUUUUUCAGAUUACCACAAUAGCGUACAGGAUCUCUGUAGGGUACUGUGUAUCUGCGACUAUUCAUGUGGGGAAUGCACUGGGCGCCGGUAAUCCACAACAGGCUGUAAACUAUGCAAAAAUCGCUUUAUUAUGCAUUGUGUGUAUCUCCUUGAUAAAUUCGAUGAUAUUUGGAGCAAUAAGGACUGUGGUGGAUCAUGUCUUCACCAGUGACAAAGAAAUUGUUCAACUGGUUGCAUAAGUGAUUCCACUAUCUGCUACUUUUCAUCUGUUUGAUUCUAUAUCGGGUGUAUGUGGAGGAGUGUUAAGAGGAGCUGGAAGACAAAAACUAGGAGCUAUCGGCAAUCUGAUUGGCUACUAUCUAAUUGGGUUUCCCAUUGGAGUCUCUCUGAUGUUUGCUGGAAAACUUGGUGUGUUUGGUCUCUGGUGUGGAAUGCUCAUUUGUGUGCUUUUACAGUUAGUUUUCUUUCUGACACUGAUUUACAGAAUCAACUGGAAUAAAGCA